AUGUCGACUUGCAGACGCAGACGCGGGCGAGGUAGAGGCAGAACAGGCAAUGCUAUGCUUGAAGCGACAAGGAACAAUCCUCCUAACCCUGUAAACUUCAUGGCCGCCCUAGAGAAUACAGCCACGGCGAUGCAAGCAACAGCCGAAGCUUUAGGAAACCAAAUAAACAAUGGAAAUAAUGGCAACAACGACGAUGAUGGUCCUAUGACGCUUUCCUCCUUCCUGAAGGUUCAUCCUCCGACCUUCAGAGGAACUUCAAACCCUACCGAUGCGGAUAACUGGAUACAGGCUAUUGCACGAGUAUUACAGGCUCAGCAGGUUCCUGAUGAACAGUGGGUUGAGUUUGGAACCUACCAGCUGCACGGUGAAGCUCAGCAUUGGUGGCAGGGCAUGAGGCGUAUUUUGCAGCCUGAUGGAGUUAUGAUUUCGUGGGAUUUGUUCCAAGAAGAAUUUUAUAAGAAGUACUUUCCCAACUCAGUUAGAAAUGCCAAGGAACUCAAACUGCUUCAACUGAAACAAGGCCAAAUGACCAUUACUGAGAACACAAGCAAGUUUGAGGAACCGUGUCGCUUUUCACGGAUUUCUCAAGGAGCUCCUGAGGAUUUUGCUGAGUGGAAAUGUAUCAAGUAUGGGGAGGCCUUCGGAGCGAUAUUCUGA